UGGAAGCUGUUGGUGGUCGACGAGACCGCCAAGAAGAUCAUAGACAGUUCGGUCAGCGAAGAUGACAUCCUCAACCACAAUAUCGCCAAUAUCGAGCGCAUCGAGGAGCGCCGGGAACCGAACCCGGAAAUGGACGCCAUCUACAUCCUCUCGCCCCAGCCGCACAUCGUCGACUGUCUGCUCGCCGAUCUUGAGCGCCGCCGCUAUCGGAGAGGCUUUGUGAUAUGGACCGGCAACUUGCCCGAGCCAUUGCAACGCCGACUCGACGGUGCGCGGAGGCAGAUGGCCGGUACGACAUGCCGACCUCCUGAACUGUUGCUGGUCGAUUUCUACCCCCGCGAGUCGCACCUCAUUACCUUCAGGGACCCCUCGAGCUUCCUCGUUUUGUACAACCCUUCGUGCGACAACCUCAUUGCCCCGCAUUUGAAAACGCUAGCAUCCAAGAUCGUCUCCGUGUGCGUCACCUUGCAAGAGGUGCCCAAGAUCCGGUACUACAAACCGCCAGAACACGCGCAAUACGAAGCGAGGGUGUUGUGUAUGCACCUGGCCCGCUUCAUCCAGCAAGAGCUAGACCGCUAUCAACAAUGGGAUCGAAACUUCCCGCCUCCCUCCCAGCGGCCGCAGUCCAUCCUGGUCGUCACCGACAGAUCGAUGGACCUCAUGGCCCCGCUGCUGCACGAGUUCACCUACCAAGCCAUGGUGCACGACCUGCUCCCCAUCAGAGAGCAAGAAAACGGCAAGGUGACGUUCCACAUGACCAUCAACGAGGGCACUCCUGCGGCCGAGGAGAAGGAUAUGGAGCUCGUCGAGAAGGAUUCCGUCUGGGUGAACAACAGGCACCGCCACAUGAAGGACACGAUCGACAAGCUCAUGAGCGACUUCCACAAGUUCCUCGACCAGAACCCCAACUUCGCCGGCAAGGAUUCCAAAGCCACGAGUCUGAGCGACAUCAAAGACAUGCUGGCAGGCCUGCCGCAAUUCCAGGAGAUGAAGCAGGCCUACUCCCUCCACCUCACCAUGGCGCAGGAGGCCAUGAACAUCUUCCAGAAAUACAAGCUCGCCGACCUGGCCUCAGUCGAACAAACCCUGGCCACCGGCCUCGACGAGGACUACAAGAAACCCAAGAACAUCCUGGACCAGGUUGUCCGCCUCCUGGACGACCCAGACGUCGCCCCGGCGGAUAGGCUGCGCCUCAUCGCCAUCUACGUCCUCUACCGCGGCGGCAUGAUCGAGAAGGAUCUCAGCCGCCUCCUCUGGCACGCCUCGCUGCAACGGUCGCGCGACAGCCUAGACCAGAAGGUCGUCGAGAAUCUCGACCUCCUCGGCGCCCGGCCGCUGAAGGAGCUCAAAGAGGCCCGCCAGCCCUUGCCCCCGCUCUUCCCCCACAACACCAAGAACGCGGCGGUGCAAGACGAGGAGUACGCCCUCUCGCGCUUCGAGCCCGCCGUCAAGCACAUGCUCGACCACCUCUGCGCCGGCGACCUCGACCCGGCCCUCUUCCCCUACGUCGUCCCGCCCGCCGACGCCGGCGGCGGCGCCAACUCGCUCGCCCACCAGGCCUCGCUCCGCUCCGCCGCGCCCCGCUGGGCCUCUGCCACCCGCCGCCAGGCCGAGACCCGCCAGCGCAUCAUCGUCUUCGUCGCCGGCGGCGCCACCUACUCCGAGGCCCGCGCCUGCUACGAGGCCUCCGAGCGCCACAACCGCGACGUCUUCCUCGCCACCACCCACAUGCUCACCCCGGCCAAGUUCCUC